GAAUCCAGUCCCCCACCACCCCCCCCCCCGGCCUCUCUCUCGCCGGCGAUGGACGCGACGGAGGCAGCGGCGGAGCGGCCGACCCUACGGAUAACGAACAUUCCGCAGACGAUUACGGCCUCGGACCUCCUGACCUAUCUCGAGUCCCAGCUCGGCGCGGGCUCCGUUUUCGCCCUCGAGAUCGUCACCGACCACCGGAACUGGAAGCCCCGGGGCUUCGGCCGCGUGCAGUUCUCCACCCUCGAGCUCAAGUCCAAAGCCCAGUCCCUGCCCCUGAGCCUGAAAUCCCGGACCUUCGAGCUCUCGGACACCUUCGAUGACAUCAUCCCGAGGCCGGCCCUCGCCCACCACCGCGUGGAGGACAGCAGCGUCGUCCACGUGGGGUUCAUGGUGGAGGACGAUCGGAUUUGCGAGCUCGAGACCUGGAAGGAUGUUAGGGUUUGGGUGAUGCCGGAGAGGAGGAGGGUUGAGUUUUGGGUCGGGAAGGAUGAGGACGGGGUUUGGAAGUACAAGGUCGAGAUCAUGUUCGAGGAUGUCUUGGAGAGUGUUGGGUGCUGUCUGGGCAGCGAGAAGCUCAAUGCUCUGCUCCUGAAGUUUAAACAUGGGCCGAGAAUUUACGAGAGGAUCUCUGGACCGGAUGUGGCAUCGAAAUUCAAACCAGACCGGUACCACAUCUGCAGAGAGGAUUUCGAUUUUCUCUGGGUUCGAACGAUGGACUUUACUUGUUCCAAGUCAAUCGGGCAGUCAAAUACCUUUUGCUGGGAGAUCAGGGAUGGACUACCGGCUUCGGAGAUUUUCUCGAGCUUUCCGUACUACAAAGAAGAAUUGUUGGAUCUUGUCCUAGACGAGGGGGAGGAUUUCCACUCCUCAUCUGAGACAGUUCCUCUCAUGGAUUGUGAUGAAGGCCCGAAAUUAGAUUACGAGAUAGUUUAUCAGCUCAACGUUCUCAUCCAUACUCAGAAGAUUAGUCUAGCAGCUGCUUAUGAGCUAAUUGAUACCCUUCUCCCAUUAGAUGUCGAUACCACCAUUUUGGUUCUUCAGAAGCUUCACCGUCUGACGCUCACCUGUUUCAACCCUGUCUCAUUGGUGAAGACUCAGUUGCAUCUCCUCAGAAGGAACCAGAAAAGCUCGCAGUCAUCAUCUCACAAAAGGUUAAGUGAUCGCGUUAUGAACUGCCACAGGGCUCUGAUUACUCCGUCAAAGAUAUAUUGCCUUGGGCCUGAACUCGAGUCUUCAAACUAUGUGGUGAAGCACUUUGCAGAAUAUGCUUCUGAUUUCCUGAGAGUUUCUUUCGUCGAGGAAGAUUGGAGCAAACUUCCUCCUAACACCAUUUCUGCGAGCAUUAAUAAUGGUAUAUUUGCGAAACCAUUUAGGACCAGACUAUACCACCGGAUACUGACUAUUCUUCGGGAAGGGAUUGUGAUCGGAGGGAAAAGGUUUCAGUUCCUGGCUUUCUCAGCCAGUCAACUCAGGUCAAAUUCCGUUUGGAUGUUUGCUUCCAAUGAUAAUGUGACUGCUGAGCAGAUCAGAGAGUGGAUGGGCUGCUUUAAGAAGAUUCGGAGUGUCUCCAAAUGUGCUGCUAGAAUGGGUCAACUGUUCAGUUCUUCGUUCCAAACCCUCAGCGUCCCCGUUCAAGAUGUUGAGAUCAUCCCUGAUGUUGAAGUCAACAAAGACGGAGUUGACUAUUGCUUUUCUGAUGGGAUUGGAAAGAUAUCUCUAGCAUUUGCCCGGCAAGUUGCUCAGAAGUGCGGGUUAGGUGAUACCCCUUCAGCAUUUCAGAUUCGAUAUGGGGGCUACAAGGGUGUGAUUGCUGUAGAUCGUGACUCUUUCAGGAAACUGUCUCUUCGUGCGAGUAUGCGCAAGUUUGAAUCUGAGAACACCAUGCUCAAUGUUACCAAGUGGAGCGAGGCGAUGCCCUGUUACUUGAAUAGGGAGAUCAUUUCUCUUCUCUCGACCUUAGGAGUUGAGGACGAAGUGUUCUUGGAAAUGCAGCAGAAACAGUUGCUUGUGCUAGCAAAAAUGCUGACUGACAAGGAGGCAGCUUUGAAGGUCUUGGAGAGUUUAAGUGGCAUAGAUCGAAGAAACAUAUUGGUGAAGAUGUUGCUUAUUGGGUACGAGCCGAGUACCGAGCCUUACCUCUUAAUGAUGCUUAAAGCACAUCAUGAGACACAGUUGGCUGAUCUGAGAAGUAGAUGCCGAAUUCAUGUCCCAGGUGGUCGGAUCCUAAUUGGCUGUUUGGAUGAGACUGGUCUGCUAGAAUAUGGCCAAGUCUAUGUCCGACUUACCCUCACAAAAGAAGAGCAAGAUAGAGGUGAACAUAAGUUUUUCAAGAAAAUCGACGACAUGACCUCUGUAGUCCUUGGGAAGGUUGUAGUAACAAAGAAUCCCUGUCUUCACCCUGGAGAUAUCAGAGUGCUCGAGGCUGUGUACAAAGUGGAGUUAGAGGAGAAGGGUUUGAUGGACUGCAUCGUCUUUCCCCAGAAAGGAGAAAGGCCUCAUCCAAAUGAAUGUUCUGGUGGUGAUCUUGAUGGAGACUUAUUUUUUGUAAGUUGGGAGGAGGACCUUGUCCCGACUCAUAUUGAGACUCCCAUGGACUACACUGCAAGGAGACUGCGUAUAAUGGAUCACGAUGUGACCCCAGAGGAAAUUUACAAGUUCUUCAUAAAUUACAUGAUCAAUGACACUCUUGGUGCUAUCUCCACUGCACAUUUGGUUCAUGCUGACCGCGAACCUGAGAAAGCCCGGAGCGAGAAAUGUCUAGAACUUGCAAACCUGCAUUCCAUGGCUGUGGACUUUGCCAAGACUGGGGCACCGGCUGAGAUGCCUAGGAGUCUGAGGCCGAGAGAGUACCCAGAUUUCAUGGAGAGGUUUGACAAGCCCAUGUACACCUCUGUUGGAGUCUUUGGGAAACUCUACCGGGCCACCCUCGACUCCAAGCCCGAUAAGUCGAACUUUCUUUGGUCCUGCCAAGUUGCCGAGGCAAGUUACGACACUGAUCUUGAGGUUGACGGGUUUAGGGACUUCCUAGGGGCAGCAGAUCGUCACAGGGAAACGUAUGCAGAGAAACUAAGUGCCCUGAUGCACUUUUACGGCACGAAGAGUGAGGACGAAAUCUUGACGGGCAAUUUGCGCAACCGAGCAAUGUAUCUUCAACGAGAUAACCGUAAGUUCGGGGACAUGAAGGAUCGGAUGCAGCUGUCCGUGAAGAACCUACAUAAUGAAGCCAAAGGAUGGUUCGAGAACAGCUGCAAGCCAAACGAGAGACAGAAAUUGGCCUCGGCGUGGUACCAUGUAACUUAUCAUCCGUCCUAUUGUCGGGAAGACUUCAACUUCCUGAGCUUCCCAUGGAUUGUAGGUGACCUCUUGCUUAAUAUCAAGGGUGAGAAUCAAAGAAAGAGUUAAGACCAGUCGAUCUUUGGCAGGAAAGAUUGGGAACUUCUGGGAUUAAGAUUAGAAAUAACAUGUGAACGUAGAUGUUAUGACAUGGUAAUUUCACUUGUAUUCUACUGAACUUUGUCUAAUUCCUUGUCAGCAAGUAAGCUGUAAGACGGCCGAUGUUGUGUUAUUGGAUACACUUAAGUAUAUUCAUCAAUUUGCAUUGACAUAGUCCAUUCAUCU